CGAAAGCCCUGAUCGUGACACGUGAUAUGGAUUAUAAAGUGGAGAAGGAAAGUACGCAAGAACAAGGGCGGUUAGUUCGAGACUUCGAGCGGUGAAGUGGAGAGGAGCGGAGGCGAAAGUAGUCGGAGUAUGAUCCGAGCGGUGAUUGUAAUGAACACACAGGGCAAGCCCCGCCUUGCCAAAUUCUAUGAUUAUGAUUUUCAGCCGGCUGAGAAGCAGCAGGAGCUGAUACGAAGCGUCUUUGCAGUUUUAAGCAGUAGAGCUGAAAAUGUGAGCGACUUCGUUGAGGCCAAUUCUAUUUUUGGGCCGGACACACGGCUGGUCUACAAGCACUUUGCAACACUUUACUUUGUUUUGGUGUUCGAUAGUUCUGAAAAUGAGCUAGCCAUGCUCGAUCUUAUACAAGUUUUUGUCGAGACACUGGACAAAUGCUUCAAGAAUGUCUGUGAGCUCGAUGUUGUAUUCAAUUUUAACAAGAUGCAUACUAUCUUAGAUGAGAUCAUAUUUGGUGGGCAAGUGCUUGAAACCAGCUCUACCGAAGUCAUAAAGGCUGUUGAAGAAAUCACAAAGCUGGAGAAGGCCUCAAACACAAUUUCGCUUGUUCCAAAGUCUGUUUCUGGCUGGCAGGCUCGAUAGAGGAUGUGGAAAUUUCCCACUGUGAUCACAUUGUUCAUAGAUAUUUGCAAUGACUCUGGCAGUUACCCUCGUGCAUUAGAAUUUGUUACUUGCAUGCAAAUGGAUGUAGCUCUUAAAUUGUAGAUUACCUUCUUUCCAUGAAUUGUUUUUUUCUUUUUUUUUUUUACCCGUCUCUGGCUUUUUGUCAUGGAGUGAUAUGCCUGACUCUAGCUUUAAGAACUUCCUAAAAAUCUUGGGGAUAGCCAUUUCCCUUCAACAUUUCAUAGUUCCAGAUUGAAGAUUUCACUUUCGAGCAAUGAAACAGAAUUUUGGGCCUCUCAA